GUUUUGGCUGGCGAAUAGCCUAGCCUCUUGUCGAGGCCCUGGCGGCUGCUUCCCGAGCGAAGCGAGGGAUUUCCUAAUUCGCGAAGCGAAUUAGGCCUGGCGCGAGCGCGGCGCUCCGCUUCGCUCCUCCCUUGCUUAGCCAUGUUCGCUCGGAAAGCAGCCGACAGGGCCUCGACAAGAGGCUAGCGAAUAGCAAGCGCAAGCCCGGGUUGAUCGAAUGACAAUCAAUGUACAUACCAUAUAUGGUACACACAAUGGUACACACAUGCACCGCACAGACGACAUUGUGUAUAAUUAUUACGCAGGGUGUGCACACGGCACCGCACCACGCCAACUGUAUAUACGUGCAUCCAUUGCGUCUGUGAUUGAGGCUAAAUGCUAAUGCACGUAGUCUAUAUUGUAUCUGAAGCUACGGGAUCUCGACUUGAAACUGCAACGUAUUUUGCAGAUUUGCAGCACGUUUUAACCUGGUUGAUUCCAGAUGCUUUGAGAACAAAAUGAGUGCCCAAGAGAAAGAAGAUAGCUCGCAAUUUCGCUGCACGCUGUGUAACUUCACGGCAACCUCUAAAGGCGAGAUUGGCAAUCACUUUCUGACAGAUCACAUGGAAGCUUACGUGUCUCCAGUCAAAGAGGAAGACAAAUCUGGGAGCACCACGGACUCCAAGGGACCAGGCAGUGAUAAAGUCAUAGAUAAAGAAGCAGAUGAGGAGAGGGACGAACACGAUGAGAGUGAUGACGACUAUGUAGAUCUGUUUGAAGAAAUAGAAGAGAAGAAACCAGCGCCAAGGCCAAGGGGGCGUCCGCCUGGUCGCUCGACCGGGCGCCCAGUGGGGCGUCCACCGAAAAAGAAUACCCAGAAACCUAUAAAAAAACAACCAUACUUUUAUAUAGAGGAGAUAGAUGACAUAAAAGAGGAAGAGCCGGAAGAACCACAGGAAUUCGGGCGAGGAAUGAGGAGAAGGAAAAAGGCAAUUCCAAGGCAUAUUUUGCGAUACGAAUUGGAUGAAGAUGAGUCUAUGGACGAUGAAGACGACGAUCAGACCGAAAAGAAGAAGGUUCUACCUAAAAAAAGAACUUCAUCCUUCCCUUCUGUAGAACUGAAGCCAAGGGGGAAAAGAGGAAGACCCAGGGGGAGUACGUCGCAGGAGAGGAGCAAGCAAGAUUUCGAGGGUCCAAAAAUCUCAAAGAAGGUUCCGACUUUGUCUAAAUUACCUUUGUCGAAUAAGGUGAUUGAGCGGAUUCUCGAUGACAGAGUAAAUGAAUGGUACUCGACGUUCCAGGAGAGACACGUGUUGCCGAUUCCUUGCCCAUUCGAAGGGUGCGCACUUGACGUCACCCAGGCUGAACUCGACGUCCACCUUCAAUGCCACGCAGCAAAUUUAGAAGGUUUUCGUUGUCCAAUUGAGGAGUGUAACUUCCUUUGCCCUCAUUGGUCUAAUAUGAGAGUUCAUUACCGUAAAGUGCACGAUCCAGCAUUUUACAGGUUACUCUGUGGUCUUCCUGGAUGUUCCAUGAUCUUCCCGCGCAUUGACAAGAAAUCCAUCUUUGUUCAUGUCACAAGAAAACAUCUUCGUCCUGUAUUGUAUGACGAGAUGUCGAGCAAGAAUUUUAACAAAGAGAAGUACGAAAAAUACGUUUUCGCUGUUAAGGCCGAAGAGGUGGAAUUGAACCAGGCUUUAGAAGAUACUGAAUGUGAUGAAGGGGAAGCAGAGACAUCACUCGAAGAACCAUCUGACGCUAUGCAUGUAGAGGAGAUGAGCGAGGUAGGGAAUACGGAAACGAUGUCUGAAUUCGACACCGAAUAUCCAAAGGUAAAGAGGCGAGGACGUCCUCCUGGAUCUACCAAAGCUGCUAAAUUGGCGAGAAUCGCUGCAGGGGAAAUAAUCGAGAAGAAAGAUAAGAAAGACAAGAAAGGGAAAGGCAAGCGCUCGUUUAAUAGAGUCAUGAACAAUGUUUCCUUUUUCUGCGACCUGUGUGGGGGGAAAUACAAAUCUGAACAGGCCGUCUUCGACCACAAAACCCUCCAUUACCGCGACGAUAACUGCAACGUCCUAUGCUGCACAGAAUGUACAGAAUUCACUGCCGAGGAUUCUUCUGAGCUUCGAGAUCACGUUGUUUCAUGUCACAAGAGACUCUUGCAUCUUCAUCGCUGUGACCUCUGCCAGUUUUCAACGAAUCGAUUCCAUGAUCUCAAGAAGCACAUUCUAGUUCAUUCGGGCAGUAAGGACUACAUGUGCGAUAAAUGUGGCACAUGUACUACCACAGCCUACAAUCUUCGAGUGCAUUGGCGUCGCUACCAUGCCCCUGAUUCAGAAAAGAAUGUCAAGUGCUUCGCGUGUGACUAUGUCUGUGCAGACAACGGAAUUCUAAAGGAACAUAUUAGGUCCAAACACGGUAUGAUGGUGUAUGGCAAGGACUUCGAUAAUGCCCGUCCACUGCCGACGUAUUCUUGCACAGAAUGUGACUACGUAGGUCGCAAGAAAUCAAGUCUGGACUACCACAUGCGUAUCCACACUGAGAACCGACAGUUCAAGUGCCACAUCUGCCCUUACGCCAGUAAGACCAAGAACAACCUCUUGCUUCAUAUACGGACACACGAAGGGAUGCAGCCGUUGAAGUGCCCCGAAUGUGACUUCAGAGGUGCAACCAACAAGAUCAUAUCGGAGCAUGUGAUGUGCAAACAUGCACGUGUUCGUCCUUACACUUGCAAAAUAUGUGGCUGGACGUCGUCUUACCACGGCAAUAUGUGGAAGCACGUAGAGACGCAUCGUCGUGAGCUGGGUGACGCAAUGCCUGAAGAACCGGUCAGUGUCAUCUCUACGGAAGGACAUAUGGUUGCCGCUCCACUCAAGGCACCGACGUUGAAGAAGCGAGGGGGAGGUGGAUCUACGUCGCCAUCUGGCAGUGCGGCGAAGACGCCAAAGAUGAGAGGGAAGCGAAACAAUCGUCCCCGCUUCGAGGAGAUGGAAGUUACGGUCGAGACCCAAGUGCACGACGGGCAUGAUGACAGCAUGAAGGAAGGUGUAGUUAUUCAGCUCCCAGUGUCCACUGUUCUGGACGGCCAGACGAUUACCCUUGCAGAAGGCAUCAGUGAAGAAGCAGCGAUGGGAGCAUCGGCUCUGAGUCGCCUAUCACAAGGGGGUGAGAUCACCGUCCGCGAGGUUCAUUUCUUGCAAGGUGGGGACAACCAGCAACAGCAUCACGAAAUGAUCACCUACAAUGUACCCCCUGUCGCAGUCACCCAGCAAAUCAUCGCAGGUGGGGACAUGAGUCAUGUGAUCAGUGAAGCGCAGUAUCAUCAACAACAUCAGCAGCAUCAGCAGUCGCAGGAGCACGAAGUGGAACAUCAUUACGUGGAGGCGGGUCUGCAGACCGUUCAGGUGGUCACCACGCAUCAAGAUAGUGGGGUUCCUCGAGCCGUAACGGAGCAGGUAGUGCACGCGAUACCGCAUCAGCAAGACCACCACCAGGAACAUCACCAGGAUCCCCGGGUUGUCGAGCAACACCGCGAAGAACCUAUCGUACAUCAGCUCAUUCCCAUGACCCUUCCUCAUGAAGCCGAGCUAGUGAUGAGUAUGAUGCAGGCACACCAGGCCAAUAUCUCUCAAGCGCAGUAACUACCUAGUUGGAACAACAAUUGGGAUGAUGUUCAUGACCCCUUGCACACUUAUAAUACCUCUUUAAGAUUCCAACACAGACUCGUGUCAAGAAACUGGUUUAGUAACUAUUUUGACUGAAAAUUACAUAAUAAUUUACCACCGAGAUUGAAUUAUUGUAAUCAGUGUCCUUCCCCGCGCUCCUACUCUAACCAUCCUCAAAUAAAAAUGUUUUUAUCAGGGGGUGUUUCAUAAAGAUGUUCGUAAGUUAAGAGCGACUUUAAAAACGACUGGUGAGCCUUUCUUUUGCGCUAACCAUCGCCAAUGAACAUUUGGUGUACACCAUUUACCACAAGAAUGGAUCAUCAGUAAUUCUUAAAGUCGCUCUUAACUUACAAGUAGCUUUAUGAAAUACCCACCGGGUGUAUGAUGGUAAAUUAUUUUAUUUACUAUUGAUCGGUCAAUCAAAGUUAUUUAUUAAUGUAUUUUUUUAUAGUUUAGUUAUGUAUCUAAAAAAUAAUUUUGGGGUGCCUUUUUCAAUUCAAUUCAAUUCAAGGUUUAUUAAAAACGUGAGUCGCAACCAAAUGGCUGAAUUGGUCAUGUAAACAAAGUACAAAGAAUUAAAAUACUCAUUACAUAUCUAAACAUUAAAAAGCAGUAAACUCUGUAAAAACUGACAUGAGAAAUAGGUGUCUCAUAGGCAAGAAUACUUAGGCUAUGAAAAUUUAUAUACCUGCACAUAAGAUAAUGAGGAAAUGAUAAAAUAAGAAUAAAAAAAUCCCCAAACAAGUUGUAGAAGAUUCUUAAAAAUAUAUGGACACUAAAUAAAAGUGUUGAUUACUUCAUUCAUUAAAAAAACUUGAUAUUGCUAGUAGGCUGGUAUUGCUUUCAAAUGAGUAAUGGGUUUAUUGAUUGGGCAUAUCUUUAUUCAGGAGAUUUUUGAAAUAUGGUAUGGGGCUAUUGCGAAAUCGAUUUGUCGUACAUUUGUAUUGUUGGUAUCUAGGAGUAUGUCGGAGAUUGAUGGUUAAGUUUUUUGGAGGAGGUAACAGGUAAUGAAAGUUUUUUCUUUCUUUAUCAAGAGUAUGAAUUGAUGUUUGAUUUUUUUAGAUUUAUUUAUUCAUUUAUUUAAUGGCCAAAUGGGCUGUACUUUUAUGGCAGGAACUAUUUUUUUUUCAUUUUGAAAUAAUGAAUUCCUCUCUUCCAUGAAAGUAUCACAAGAUAUUCAUGUUGUUCAUAGUUUCACUUCAUAAAUAUUGAUAAUAUUUUGCGUCCGGGGCUGUCAUUUACAUUUAUACAUGUGUGUGUAUUUUAUUCAAAAUAAAUUGUUUUCCAUUCUCUUCCUCACAAAUUGGGUAAGUUAAGUAGGGGCCGCGGGGAGGGGGGGGGGGGGGUCUCAUCCGUUGCCCACUUUUUAGUAGACCUAUGGCAAGGAGAGCCCUACCCGUAUACCACUUUCAAAAUCGUUCCACGGUCCCUGAAAAGUUACCUACCGAUUUGUUUGAUGUGUCGUACAAGUGAUUCUAUUCGUAUAUGUAUUUCAUUUUGCACGAAGUAUGCACCUUCAUCCUGUUACAUGAUGAAAAAUAACAUUAUAUAGGUGAUGUUUCGUUCCAUUUUGAAAAGAAUUGAAAAGAAAACAAAUGUUUCCGUAGCCUCAAAUUGUUUUCAUGUUAAGCUUUUCUUUGGCCGAUGUUUGAAUAACUUCAUAAUAGAGCAAUGCUGGGGGAAGAUAUUUUACUUUUUUGCCUUUGAGUUGGUUUCAUGUACCAUUAUGUUCGUUCAGAAAACAAUAUGUUACAAUGCAUUCAUUGUUGUGCAUGUAUAUAGUGGCCGUACGUCUACUUGAAAAUUGAAAUACUAUCUGCGUAGUAUGAAGACAGGCUUAAAGAAAGAAUAAAUGUGAAAAAGAAGAAAAUGAUAAGGAAAAGAGGAGAAUUAAAGUACUGUAUGUAUUUGGCGUGCGCCGAAAAGUAAUAAAAAGUAUCACAAAGUAAAUGUAUUAUGUAAUAUAUUAUAAACGCGAAUCUUCCAAUUUCAAGAAACAGUUUUCAAGUUCUUAUUUGUACAGUAAAUUUGUUCAUAAUUUUCGGCAUUGACUUGUUUCUUCGAUCUGACUUUGUAAUUUUCAUAUAACAAUGAAUUUUUCCAUAUCAACAAUUUGUUCACAUGACGUUUUCUAAUAUUUUGUAUUAUUAUUAAGUUUUGUAUUUAUUUAUUUGUUUUUUAAAAACUUAAGUUAAUAAUGUAUUGUCGUUACUUUAAGGUUAUAGACCCACUGAAUUUCAUGUUUUGUUUUCCAAAGCUAUAUUGAUGAAACAAUAAAAAGUGUUCAUACUUGCUUUUCCGCCGGAUGCA